AUGGAGAAAUUGUAUGGUUUGAGUCAUCUCUUCAUGACAGUGUUUCUUCACAGCUUUGCCAUAUUCAUGGUCGUACCAGCCAUCACUGAUGUCACAAUGGCUGCUCUUUGUCCCGGACAAGACGAAUGCUCACUUGCCAUCUAUCUCACUGGUUUUCAACAAGCUAUGAUAGGAGUGGGCACACUUGUGAUGAUGCCACUGUUGGGUAAUCUAUCUGACAAUUAUGGGAGGAAGGUCAUUCUCACAAUCCCUAUGAUACUCACAAUUAUUCCCAUUGGCAUAUUAGCUUACAGCAGAACCAAAAAAUUCUUCUAUGUAUACUAUGUUUUCAAGAUACUCAUCUCAAUGGUUUGCGAAGGAAGCGUCCCUUGCCUCUCUCUAGCUUACGUUGCGGAUAACAUUCCAGAGAGUGGACGAAGCACUGCAUUUGGGAUUCUUUCAGGGAUAGGAUCUGCAGCAUUCGUGUGUGCCACUUUUUCAGUUCGAUUCUUAUCUACUGCUCAAACUUUUCAGGUUUCCACUCUUAUUGCGGUGAUUGGAGCAGUGUACAUGCAAUUUUUCCUUCGAGAUUCACUCAUUGAUGACAAACACCUUUACACCCCCAUCAUUUCACAACACAAGCCCACUAUUUCCAAGGUCAAUGUAAAAUUGGAAAGGAACCAACAUCUUCUUAAAUCAUUGCCUUCUUUCAAGGACCUAACCUCCUUUCUCAAUAGCAGCUUGACUAUUACUCAAGCAGCGAUUGUUGCAUUCUUCAGUAACCUUGCUGAUGUUGGCCUCCAUGGAUCAAUGAUGUAUUUCUUAAAGGCUCAAUUUCAUUUUGACAAGAAUCAAUUUGCUGACUUGAUGGUCAUUUCUGGAAUUGCAGGGACUGUCUCACAGCUCCUUAUUAUGCCCAUUUUGGCUCCUAUUCUUGGCGAGGCAAGGCUACUUUCAAUUGGACUAUUCUUUCACUGUGUACAUAUGUUCCUUUACAGCAUAGCGUGGUCCUCCUUGGUUCCUUAUGCCUCUGCCAUGUUCUCAAUUUUAUUUGUUUUCUCACAACCUUGUAUACGAAGUAUUGUGUCUAAACAAGUUGGUCCCCAUGAGCAGGGAAAGGCUCAAGGUUGCAUCUCUGGUAUAUGUUCAGUGGCACAAAUAGUAUCUCCCUUAGUUUUCUCUCCAUUAACAGCUCUCUUCCUUUCUGAAAAGGCACCUUUCGAUUUUCCCGGAUUUAGUAUUAUGUGCAUUGGAUUUGCUUCGAUGAUAUCUUUUGUUCAAAGUACGAUGCUUCGAGUGGUUCCUCCCACUUUGAGUUAG